CCCGGCGUAUUUCGGCAAAAAAAUGUACACUAACAGCGUCUAACGUGACUAUUAACAACGUCUAACGUGACUACUAACAGCGUCUAACGUGACUAUUAACAACGUCUAACGUGACUAUUAACAGCGUCUAACGUGACUAUUAACAACGUCUAACGUGACUAUUUAUAACGUCUAACGUGACUAUUAACAACGUCUAACGUGACUAUUAACAACGUCUAACGUGACUAUUAACAACGUCUAUCGUGACUAUUAACAACGUCUAACGUGACUAUUAACAACGUCUAACGUGACUAUUAACAACGUCUAACGUGACUAUUUAUAACGUCUAACGUGACUAUUAACAACGUCUAACGUGACUAUUAACAACGUCUAACGUGACUAUUAACAACGUCUAACGUGACUAUUAACAACGUCUAACGUGACUAUAACGUCUAACGUGACUAUUAACAACGUCUAACGUGACUAUUAACAACGUCUAACGUGACUAUUAACAACGUCUAACGUGACUAUUAACAACGUCUAACGUGACUAUUUAUAACGUCUAACGUGACUAUUAACAACGUCUAACGUGACUAUUAACAACGUCUAACGUGACUAUUAACAACGUCUAACGUGACUUAACAGCGUCUAACGUGACUAUUAACAACGUCUAACGUGACUAUUUAUAACGUCUAACGUGACUAUUAACAACGUCUAACGUGACUAUUAACAACGUCUAACGUGACUAUUAACAACGUCUAACGUGACUAUUAACAACGUCUAUCGUGACUAUUAACAACGUCUAACGUGACUAUUAACAACGUCUAACGUGACUAUUAACAACGUCUAACGUGACUAUUUAUAACGUCUAACGUGACUAUUAACAACGUCUAACGUGACUAUUAACAACGUCUAACGUGACUAUUAACAACGUCUAACGUGACUAUUAACAACGUCUAUCGUGACUAUUAACAACGUCUAACGUGACUAUAACGUCUAACGUGACUAUUAACAACGUCUAACGUGACUAUUAACAACGUCUAACGUGACUAUUAACAACGUCUAACGUGACUAUUUAUAACGUCUAACGUGACUAUUAACAACGUCUAACGUGACUAUUAACAACGUCUAACGUGACUAUUAACAAUGUCUAACGUGACUAUUAACAACGUCUAACGUGACUAUUAACAACGUCUAACGUGACUAUUAACAACGUCUAACGUGACUAUUAACAACGUCUAACGUGACUAUUAACAGCGUCUAACGUGACUAUUAACAACGUCUAACGUGACUAUUUAUAACGUCUAACGUGACUAUUAACAACGUCUAACGUGACUAUUAACAACGUCUAACGUGACUAUUAACAACGUCUAUCGUGACUAUUAACAACGUCUAACGUGACUAUUAACAACGUCUAACGUGACUAUUAACAACGUCUAACGUGACUAUUAACAACGUCUAACGUGACUAUAACGUCUAACGUGACUAUUAACAACGUCUAACGUGACUAUUAACAACGUCUAACGUGACUAUUAACAACGUCUAACGUGACUAUUUAUAACGUCUAACGUGACUAUUAACAACGUCUAACGUGACUAUUAACAACGUCUAACGUGACUAUUAACAACGUCUAACGUGACUAUAACGUCUAACGUGACUAUUAACAACGUCUAACGUGACUAUUAACAACGUCUAACGUGAUUAUUAACAACGUCUAACGUGACUAUUAACAAUGUCUAACGUGACUAUUAACAACGUCUAACGUGACUAUUAACAACGUCUAACGUGACUAUUAACAACGUCUAACGUGACUAUUAACAACGUCUAACGUGACUAUUAACAACGUCUAACGUGACUAUUAACAACGUCUAACGUGACUAUUAACAGCGUCUAACGUGACUAUUAACAACGUCUAACGUGACUUUAUAACGUCUAACGUGACUAUUAACAACGUCUAACGUGACUAUUAACAACGUCUAACGUGACUAUUAACAACGUCUAUCAUGACUAUUAACAACGUCUAACGUGACUAUUAACAACGUCUAACGUGACUAUUAACAACGUCUAACGUGACUAUUAACAACGUCUAACGUGACUAUUUAUAACGUCUAACGUGACUAUUAACAACGUCUAACGUGACUAUUAACAACGUCUAACGUGACUAUUAACAACGUCUAACGUGACUAUAACGUCUAACGUGACUAUUAACAACGUCUAACGUGACUAUUAACAACGUCUAACGUGACUAUUAACAACGUCUAACGUGACUAUUAACAACGUCUAACGUGACUAUUAACAAUGUCUAACGUGACUACUAACACCGUCUAACGUGACUAUUAACAACGUCUAACGUGACUAUUAACAAUGUCUAACGUGACUAUUAACAACGUCUAACGUGACUAUUAACAACGUCUAACGUGACUAUUAACAACGUCUAACGUGACUAUUAACAACGUCUAACGUGACUGUUACACUCUUGUCUCUCAAACUUCACACUUAACUUCUAACUUAGCAAUCCUUGGAAGAACGUAAUCAACCACGCCACGCUGCAAUUGUGUGUUGGCCGAAUCCCUUGUGUCGCGUUGCAUUACAUUUCCAAAUUUUACGAGCAAUCUUUGGAAGAACGUAAUCAACCAGGUGGGGGUGUUGACUGUUACGUCAGCCGACUACCUGCGUUGCAUUACAUUGCAUUUCCAAGUUUUACCAGGGGCGUGAAUCUCACCAUGUCAAAGAUAACCGUGGAGAUCAUCGAUUCGAAUCAAAGCUCUGUGGACGAUGAAGAUAGCGGACCCAGCGGAAGACUCGAUGGGAAACAGCGAGAGGCAGGGGCGAAUCGUCCCGGCGCUCGCACUGCACAAACGAGGGGUACACGUGAACAAAGAGCCCAGCAGAGAGACUUCAUUAAAUGUGUGACCGACAUGAGCGAAGAUGAGCAAGUGGUGCUUGCAAUGAAGAUCAGUUGUGAGGAGAGGGAGGAACGGCAGACUCAAGAUAAAUCCACGGAUUUGAAGACGUCCGAGGUGUCUUCGAGCGACGGGUCGCCUCCGCGUGUUCUUGGAUCUGUUUCGUCUCGGUCCACCACAGGCAGAGCCCAGACGUGGACAACCAGGCAGCACAGGUCACCUGCCUCCGGCACUGCCUCGGCAACUGACAGCGGAGGAUCGCGCGAUUCCAAACUAAACACAGACGCGUCUCAGCAAUCCUCCGAUUCACACGGGGCUGACGAUGAAGAUUCCAUUAAAAGUGAUCGCGCGCGCAAACCACGUACGCAUAUUUCACUGAAGCGAAAAAACACACAGUCCUCGUCGGUAAUAAAUAAGAAGGCAAAGGUGUUGCCUGCAUUGGGAGAAGAGCACCCCAUUGAAUUUGCAACGCAAAGCAAAGACAGGAAUGACGACGUUGGUGUCGACGACGAACCCCGCACAAGAAGCAUCCGCGAUCGUCCGAUCGUCUUCGACGCGGGUGGCUUGCGACACGACAUCGGCACUGGGGAAAACGGUCCGGGCCAGGUGGAGCGCAACAACCGCCUGAUUUCAGGCGGUGCAAAAGCGACCGAGGGUGGUGCACUCCCCUGCGGCCCCAGCGGGAGGACACUGGGUCGGGACGACGUGGUCAACUACUACUGGGGGGUGCCGUUCUGCCCCGCCGGUUUAAACCCGGACGAAUACACGAGCGUCAUCCUCUGUCAGCUGCAGACCUACGCGGCCGUGGCGAAGCAACAGCAGCGGCGGCUGCUGCGGAAAGCGGACAUGUGCGAGGCGUUGCCAGAGCCCGCGAAGGACCGGCGGUGGCGUGGACGAUCCGAAGCGCGAGCGGGCGACGCGAAGCGCCAGCCAUUUGCCGCGGGCGAAGAGAGCGGAGCGGCGGGUGAGGAGAAGCAGGGCGUUAGCGUGCAGGGAGGGCGGAGCACACCUCGCGAGUGGUGGGAAGAGAAAGAAGGAAGCGACAACGUAAAUGAGGAUGAGGGACUGAGCAAGGAUGAGGAUGAGGGGGAAAAUGAAGAUUCGGAAUCGUCGGCUGAGAAAGUGCGUGAAAAAAGCACUGAUUCUUUACGUGCCUCAACGAUGUCGCCCCCUGAUGAAAAGGUGAAACGCCUACCAAAAUGUAAAUUGCAAAGACGUAAGGGAUUGCCCCAGCAUAAGGAUGUUAAAUAUUCAGACACUCCUAAGCUUGGGGAAAUUGAGUAUGGUAAAAUAUGUGAUGAUGAUGAAGAUGAUGAUUUUAUAUCAUUACCAACGCUUAAACGUGUAUCUGGCACCCCUCAACGAAGAGCCGAUGAGGUUGUAUUUCUUGAAGACAAUUGUACAGCAGGUGAGAGAGGACGGACAGCGCGCAGGGACAGCAGUGCUUUUUCGACAGGGAGUCCAUAUCUAGCAAAAAACACACGCAGCGACAACUGUAGCAAGAAUGAAAUGAUGCUGUCGACGGGAAGUCUACAGCCCCGUAAACUAACCUUGGCCAACUUUAGCGCCGUGGAUGGAAAAAUACAGACUCCAACACGUGUCAGGAAAGAAAGUGAUGGAAAAAUGACAGAACACAUUGGUGAAAAAGUCGAUGUAAAACACAGAGCUAAUAAUUCUAAAGUUACGAGCCCUAAAAUUAAUGAGCAUGAAUUUGAUUUGAUUCUUGAUGAUGAUGAUGAUAAUAAUGAUGAUGAUAAGCAGACAAAUCAACAUGAUUGCACAAGGAAAACGGCAACUGGUGACUGCAAAGAGUACAAAAAUCAAUCGGGAGACUCGAAUGACGUUAUAAAGGUUCGUGAUAUUGAAGGAAAACUGACUACGUCUCCGUCGGCAAACGAUGGAACAAUCGUCACGAACAAAGCCAAAUUGAAAGUCAUGCAAUGUGAAGAGGAAGGGGUAAUGGAGAGAUAUGAAGAAACACCCGAGCCCUCUCUGCAGUCGUCUGAUGGGAGUGAUAGAAAACAUGUUUUGUCUCUACAGAAGCACAAUCUGCAGAGAAAAAACGAACAGAAGGAAAGGCUCGAGAAGACCGUGCCCUGCCCCUUGUGUUUGGUGGAGUUCUUGGCAUCUCACAUUGAGCAGCACGCAUCUGAAUGCUGCAUCUCCGAAGAUGUGGACGAUGCAGAAAAUUACGUCCCAAGCAACUCUAAAAUGGAGGUACCUUCAUGGUCCAGGGAAGGGAGCACUGGUGCCUCCCGUCAAACAUUCGUCCCAGAGUCUGACAGCAACAGCAGCACAAGUUUAGUGAGUGAGAGGGAGGUUGCAGAUGGUUCGGACAACAUUCUGGAAGGCAUUGUCAUCAGCAACUCGCCCAUCAAGUCUUUCAGAUCAAUUUCCCAAUCCCCAGACUGUCUCAUUGACUUCAAAAACCAGUUCAACAAACCAGCUCGACCGAGAACAGGAUUCAGAAAGCAUAAGCCUGGCAGGAGACGAUAAACGCGUCGUAAAUCGUGUGCAAAUGUGUAUUUUUUUUAUAAAUUGUUUAAAUAUUGUAAUCGUCAGCCAUGGUCAAUCAAAUGUUGAAUGAAGGUCUCACCUGGCUGCGUCGCAAUAAUAAUUCACCGAGCACCUGCACGCAAGGUGAUUUCAUCGCGCCGUAUCGUGAAAUUAAUUCCUCCUUUCCUUUCGAGAUUCCCCAACAUCCGAAAUUCGCUUACUCAUCUCUGACCUUUCAAGCGCUCUUCCCUUUGUGGCAAGGAUUACGCAUUGCAGACCUUGCCACAUGCUGACAAACCAAUCCCCCCAACUUGAAUCACCUUGUGCUACACAGGGACAGCUACCACUGGGGGGUUCUCUUCCAGUUCACGAGACGGGAUGUUAUGUAAGGCGCUUUGAGUUGCCGUUGCUUUGAAGUUCCCAUUCAAUGCAAUGCCUGUGGUUUUUUUAUUAUUAUUUUUAAACAAACUCUGAAGGUGCGAUAUAAGUGGUGACUCACCGGAUAUGACGUGGCGCUCAAGUCGCCGUACAGGGCAUAUUCCGGAAUGUGCAGCACUUGGAGCACGUGGCGUUUCUUAGUUAGCACGAUGUGGUUCACUUAGCCCCGUGAGAAUAAUUGGCCGCAGCCAGCAAGUUCAAUCGUCAUCAGCCAUGGUUAAUCCGCUGCUGGAUUGGAGUCCCCAUCCCCAGCCGUCCGCCACCUCACAAUCUUGCGACGGUCAAUUAACAAUCCACCCAGCACAACAUUCACCGAUUUAGUCGUCCGACUCGGUGGACAUCAUCUUGGAUUUGUUUCAUUCAUUGGCUGCCACACGCCGUUAUUCUUCUUGAUUGUAAUCCGUGAUCGGCUUUUCUUGACGUGUCCUGCCCAAGCCCCACAGUUUGAUGUCAUUAACGUGCACGUGUGUCGACUCUGCCGGUGUCGUUUCAAGCUUGCGUCUCUCUGUGCUGAGUUUUUUUUUCAGCUUCAUUUGUUCAUAAACGUUGUGUUGGAAGAUAUUUCACGUUUGGGGGGGGGGAGGGGGGGGGAGGGUUUUUUUUGGUGAAAUGUUGGUUACAGUGCUGGUAAUUGAUGUGAACAUUGCAAAAACAAGUAUCCAACUUCAUCACCGAAGCCUUUACAACACAUUUCGAGUGUUAUUUUCUACCUUAUUUUGCAAAAUAGAUUCGAAUCCAACACCAUAAUGGUGAGAAAACUCACCGCAACAAUUAAAUGCCUGCCGGCUGGCGGCAAAAGGCCAAUCGACAGAAAGAUAUUCGUCAUCCGCUUGUUUUUUUUCCCAGGAAAGCCUCUGAGAGUCUCACGACUCUUUGCAGUAGGAGGAGGAGGCGAUGAUUGGUAUUUACAUUGAAAUGAAUUUGCGGGGUUCUAAUCUUUUUUAAAAUGUAAUUUGACCAAGGCACCGGUGCACAAACGCCCCGGUCCUGCGAGCAACGUGACGGGAUCCCGAGCGUCCGCUGUCAUAAGGUUUAUACACACCCGCAGUAUUUAUCGGGGCGGCCAAUGGAUUCGAAGACCGCUCUGAGGCGGAGGGUGAAGUGUGCUCGCAAGUCACGAUGCCGAAUCCUUGCUCGCAAUUCUAAAAAUUGUGCAACGGGGACGCCGGCCUAGACUCAAUAACGUUUGUAUUGUUUGUUUAUUCAAUAAAAAAAAUUGUCUUGAUUUAAA